AUGGAGUAUGAUUUUGGCAUGGCAAGAAUACAUCUCCAAUUUUAUAUCAAAAUUCUGUUUGUAUGGCUUACCUCUUCAACAUCAUCAGCAUCUCCAAAUUACAAUGAUAUUUACUGUCCAAACAACAAAACCUACGAACCGAACAGCACAAUAUUCAACACAAAUCUCAAUGUAGUCCUCUUCACUCUCGUCUCCAACGCUACCCAAGGUGCUGAUUCCUACUCCUCCAUCAUGGGUUUUGGAACCACAAACGCCGUCAACGGUGUUUUCCACUGCCGUGGCGACGUUUCCUCCACCACGUGUCAAGACUGUGUAACCACCGCAGCUAGAGAUAUCACACACCUUUGUCCCAACCAAACGGAAUCAAUAAUUUGGUACGACGAAUGCAUGUUGCGUUAUACUAGCCGUUACUUUAGCCCCACGGCCAGUCUUGUCCCAAGAUUGAAUUUGAAGAACAAUACAGACAUCUCUAUUUCUACCCAUGAUUUGGUUAACUAUAACCAACUGUUGUUAAGUUUUUUGGGAAGUUUGGCUACAGAAGCUUCGGAUUCUCAGACAGAGAAGAAAUUUGCAACCGGUGAAGAGAGCUUCGACUUCAGAGGCUAUUCAAAGAAGGUGGUUACAGUUUAUGGAUUGGCACAGUGUGUUCCGGGAGUGACUAAUGUUCAGUGUGAGGGGUGUUUGGUAAAUGCGUUGAGAUCUCUUGAUACAUGCUGUGAAGGGGCUAGAGCUCUGCUUGCGUGGUGUAAUAUC